GCGUCCGAUUUUCGUAUUCGUGGGUGGGUACGAACAAAAUUAGGGUUUUCCUGAUUUGGUAGCUGCUGCUCUGCGAUCCGUUUCACGGAGGAGAAAGGUCCGAGUCCGAGUCCGUUUCUCGGUUGCCAUCGAGGCCGGUGUUCAGGUACAAAAAAGGAAAUGAGCACUAACAUCCAUAGAACCCCGAAAUCUGGGAGACAAUCACUGUUCUUCCAAGAUUUAGCAACACCUGUGUCGUCUCGCCGAUCUGGGGGGAAAUUUACAUCCCCAGGUCAGGCAGCUGCUGUUUCAGCUCUGUGGCGUGAAAAUUUUGCCAGCUCUGAUCUUCCACCUCCGCCAGUAUUCACCCUCGAAGACCGGGCGGAUCAUUCUCCGGAGACCGGGAUUCCUGAAUAUCCUGCUUCUCCAGAACCCAAAUCAGAUCCUAGAUCCCCAUUUAAGACUUUAAGCAGGGAGUUUUCGACUCCUAAGAGCAGAUCUGAUGCCAGCACUUCGUAUGCUGGAACAAGCAAGCAGCCGCAGCAGCAGAAUCAGCAGAGCCCUAUGGCCAGUUCUAGUUGGUGGUUGCCUGCAAAGAGUGGUGGUAGUGCAGAGCAUGAUGAUAAAGGGAAAGGCUCUCCUGUUGAGGGGGUGGUUCAACCUGGUGCCUUGAUAACGCUACCGCCACCUAGGGAGGUUGCAAGACCUGAAGUGAAGGAAAAUUUGGUACCUGUAGGGAACUGGAAUGAGGAGGAGUGGAUUACGAUCUACGGGUUUUCGCCAGCUGAUACCAAUCUUGUUUUGCGAGAAUUUGAGAAGUAUGGACUAAUUCUGAAACAUGUUCCGGGACCAAGAAAUGCUAAUUGGAUGCACAUAUUGUAUCAGAAUCGAGCCGAUGCGCAGAGAGCACUGAGCGCAAACGGGACGUGCAUAAACGGUGUUCUCAUCAUUGGAGUGAAGCCGGUCGACCCGAUGCAGCGCCAGGCCCUCCACGACCGACUCAACAAUCAAGGCUUCAUGACACUACCCCCUGCGCCCUCCAGCAGAAAACCAGAGUCGAAUGGUUUCCGAGUCUCCCCUUAUCCUUACAACCCCCAAAACGGCAGCUCCGGUGGUGGCGCCCGACAGUCCACCGGAACCAUCGCCACGCCGGCAAAAUCCGUUGUGUCCAAGGUUAUGGACUUGAUGUUCGGAGUCUAGCUUACAGGGUAUGCGUGAUUUGAACUCGACCGGUUUUGGUCAUUUUUGUAUGUGAAGCUUAUUCAGGUGAAAUCUGUUUGUAUCGAAGAUUAAAUUUCGACUGUUGCAUUACAUUAUAGUUAUUGAGUAAUAAGUUUUGAGUUUUAUGCUGGCAA